AUGCAGAAGCUUUCACAGAUUACACAGUCUUCAAAAACCCAAGUUACUUUCCCUUCAUCUCGCUUCUCGAACUUGAUUGCGUGUAGAUUUUCUGGGAUCAAACCCCAACAAUUCUACUCAUAUUUCUCGAAUUUGAUUCUGGAUUUGGAGCUCUUCUUUGAGGUGUGGUUUCUUGAUUUGUUUUCGACUUUUUCGUACGUUUUAAUGGAGUCUCCUCAAUCUGUCGUUUCACCAUUCAAGAGCUCCUGUGUGUUUUCUGAACCUGAAAAACAGAAUUUGGAUCUUUUCCCCAAACACUCGACUUACGUAACCAAAAAACCCGAACCCGAACCGUUUAUUGGUGUUCUGGAUGUUCACAUUCAUCAAGCUAGAGACAUUCAGAACAUCUGCAUAUACCAUAAACAAGACGUUUAUGCAAAAAUCUGCAUCACUUGUAAUCCCGAAAAAUCAGUCACUACUCAGACCAUCAAUGGAGGUGGAAAAAAUCCAGUCUUUAACGAAACCCUUCGGAUUAACGUUCCGACAAUUGAAUCUUCUCUGAAGUGCGAGAUAUAUAUGCUAAGCAGGGUGAGAAAUUAUCUUGAAGAUCAGUUGCUAGGUUUUGCAUUGAUCCCUUUAUCCGAAGUCCUCAUCAAAAACGGAAAAUUGGAAAACGAGUUCACUUUAUCUUCCACCGAUCUCUUCCACUCGCCUUCCGGUUUCGUUCACUUGUCGUUAUCAUACACCGGAGCUUCACCGGACGUGAUCGCCAUCCCGCCGCCACUUCCCGCGAAGGGUGCCGCCGACGAGUCAGAAUUAGCCGAGUUCGACAAAAUCGAGUUCCCAGAUCCUAAAAUCGCAAACGAAAACCACAUGAUGGUGUCUGAGUAUUUCGGUCUUAGCUCAGAGAGUUUGGUCUCAUCCGACAAUGAUGAUCAAUUUGAUGCACCGAUUGAAACCCAAAAACCUGAUUCACCCCCUUCUAGCGUUUCAACCAACGGUUCCCACUGUGCUUCCACUCACGUUCUAAGCCCCGAAUCAUCUGAUGACUCUUCUAGAGACUCUAAAUGUGCAAAACAAGAAUACGAUUCACAUCUAAAGGAAAAACCGGCGGCAGGUGGUGGUAGUGGUGCCGACAGUGAUUCAGCAAGCGGCGGGGAUCCGAUAAAGAAGCCGGUGAUGGCGGUGAACUUUGAGCUGGAGCAGAAAGUGGUGCAACAGGAUUUUGUGGAUUUGUAUAUGAAGAGUAUGCAACAGUUUACAGAGUCGUUGGCUAAGAUGAAGCUUCCAUUGGAUGUGGAAAAGGAGCGUACGGAUUCUGGGAAUUCAGGAUCUGAGGAGAAGAUACAGACACCGAACAGCACACAGUCACGCGUGUUCUAUGGGAGUCGAGCUUUCUUCUAAAUCGAUUUCAACGUGAUUCUGAUUCACAGGUGAUGUUUAGGGUUUUAGAAUUUAAAGACUGAAUCAAUGAUCAAUACUGUUUUAGUUUACUUUACAUAUGUUGUUUCUCUUCUUAAUGUAUGUAAGUAUGGAUCUUUUGUGUUUUAACCUCUCUGUGUUUUUUUU